AGGGUUGGUGGGCUGUUCGUAACAAUGAGGAAGAUAUGUCUGUGCUCAACUCCGCUAUGUACUUUGAUCAUAGCUGUAAUCGGAAUAGCCAUAUCUACAGUGCAUGGCGCCUCUCCUCACCGGAUUCUUCUGGAUACAGACGUUGACACUGACGAUUUCUUCGCUAUCUUGUAUCUCUUGAAGCUUAACCGAUCUGAAUUCCAUUUUCAGGCAAUAACAGUUAACACGAAUUCAUGGACGAAUGCUGGUCAUGCAGUAAAUCAAAUAUAUGAUAUUCUUUAUAUGAUGGGCCGAGAUGAUAUUGCUGUUGGUGUAGGAGGUGAGGGUGGAAUAUCCGAAAAUGGUACAAUACUACCAAAUGUUGGUGGCUAUCUUCCUAUAAUUGACCAGGGACGUGGUACGGCCGGACCUUGUAGAUAUAGACAAGCUAUUCCUAUUGGAUCAGGUGGAAGAUUGGAUAUUGAUGCAAAUUUUGGCUUGCGACGGAGCUUUCUUCCACAGGGACGUAGGCGAUACUCACCUCUUCGACAACCUACUACACAACAAGUACUGAUCAAGACCAUAUCCGAAGGCCCCAUUAGUGUAUUCACAACUGGAGUACACACAAAUUUUGCUCUUUUUCUUAUGUCAAAUCCACACCUGAAGAAAAAUAUCGAGCAUAUUUAUAUUAUGGGAGGUGGUGUGAGGUCAAAGAACCCAACUGGUUGUUGUCCUAAAAAUUCGAGCUCAUCUUGCCAGCCUCAACAGUGUGGUGAUCAUGGGAAUAUGUUUACAGCCUUCAGAAGUAAUCCGUACGCAGAAUUUAACUUCUUUAGUGACCCUUUUGCUGCAUAUCAGGUUAUUCAUUCGGGGAUUCCAGUAACACUUGUUCCAUUAGAUGCAACAAAUACGAUUCCCAUUACUCAACAGUUCUUUGAGAUGUUUGAGAAGAAUCAAGAUACAUAUGAAGCCCAAUAUAUUUUCAAGUCUCUGAAGAUGGCUCGUGAUACUUGGUUUGAUGAUCAGUUCUUUACGAGUUAUUUCAUGUGGGAUUCUUUUAUGUCUGGUGUUGCGACAUCAUCUAUGCGUAACACAGACAAGGAAAACCUGGAAAAUGAAUUUGCAGAAAUGGAGUAUAUAAAUAUCACUGUGAUUACAUCGAACGAACCUUAUGGGAUAUCUGAUGGCUCAAACGCACUCUUCGAUGGCCAUAAGAUCCCAAAAUUUGACUUGCGGAAGAAUGGAGUUCAUAGUGGUCAUGUUCAAACAGGCAUUCACGAUCCAUUUUGCUUUCGUGGGAAUGGAACAGGAAUAUGCAAGGAUGGUUAUACCGAAGAAAUCAGUGGACCGGAUUCGGUGCGCGUACGUGUUGCCACACGAGCAAAGCCUAAUCGCGACAACACAAGCACUUUGGAUAGAGAAUAUUAUGUUGGUUUUCUUGAUGUAAUAAAUCGACCUCAACAAAGAGGUCGAUUCAAUUUCACAUCAGAAUUCCCUUAUUACAAAGAAGUUUUCUACAAACCGGAUUUCAAUGGGAAAAAACUUGGGAAGAGUGUCGUGUUUGAUAUGGAUAUGAGCGUGGGAGAUUUCUUGGCGCUUAUAUAUCUACUAAAAGUACCCGUUGAAGAAAUUAAUCUCAAGGCCAUACUUGUAACUGGAACUGGAUGGGCAAAUGCUGCAACAAUCGAUGUGGUCUAUGAUGUGUUACAUAUGAUGGGUCGUGAUGACAUUGCAGUUGGUUUAGGGGAUUCCUUUGAUUUGAACCAGUUUUAUCCAAAUCAUUCAAACAUUGGUGAUUGCAAGUAUUCAGAGGCUAUCCCACAUGGAAGUGGUGGUCGUUUGGACUCAGAUACUCUCUAUGGACUUGCACGCGAUCUACCAAGGAGCCCUAGAAGAUAUACAGCUGAGAAUUCAAUCGAUUUUGGAGCACCUCGUAACACCGAUUUCCCACAACUUAGACAACCAUUAGCAUUAGAAGUUUGGAAAUCAGUAGUGGAAUCUAUCGAUCAUGGAUCGAAAAUUACAAUCUUGACUAAUGGACCAUUGACAAAUUUAGCAAACAUCCUACUUUCAGACACAAAUGCUAGCUCGAUAAUUCAGGAAGUAUUUAUACUAGGAGGACAUAUUGAAUAUAUGAACAACAAAGAGAAAGGAAAUGUGAUCAAUAUUCCAUCGAAUGAGUAUGCAGAACUAAACAUGUUUCUGGACCCUUUAGCUGCAAAGACAGUGUUCGAUUCCUCCUUGAAUAUCACACUCAUCCCUCUUCAUAUGCAACGUAAACUCAACGCAUUUCCAGAGAUCAUAAAAAGGUUGGGAAAGAAAAACACUACACCUGAAGCUCUUUUCGCUCAACGCUUGUUGAAGAGGCUUCAUAGCUUACAACAAAAGCAUCACGCAUAUCGAAAUAUGGAUGCAUUCCUGGGAGAGAUUUUAGGAGCAAUUAUCUUUUCAGGGGACAAAAAGCCAUUAAAUUCAACCUUCCAAGUAGAGCAUUUGAGGGUCAUUGCAGAAGGACGUACACAAGAGGAUGGACAAGUUAUCGUUGACACAAGAAAGACGAAAGGAUUCAAAGUGUUGGAGGAUUUCAACAUUGUAUCAUGCUACAAUAUAUUUGCUGAACACCUUGAUAGUCGAGAACAAUCAGCUAUCAUAGGAAGCUUUGAUGAGCAAAAGAGGCUUUGGAGUUCACCUUAAAAUGGAAUUGUUGGUAGUUGACAUGUUUGAUUUAAUCUUUCAUAUGGCAAUAAUUUCUGCAUAUGGUGCAGUUCUGUAAAACUUGUUGCAAUAUGGUGUUGUUUUAGAAGUGUUUCUACUAAUGAAGAAAUCCAAUUCAGUUAUAA